GGAUCUGUCUGGCGUACACACAGUCGCCCUCGUUCCUGGCCUCUGAGGCACACAGUCGCCCUCGUUCCUGGCCUCUUGGGCACACAGUCGUCCUCGUUCCUGGCCUCUUGGGCACACAGUCGUCCUCGUUACUCCAUCUUAAAAGUCAUCACAAUGUCAGGAUCAAGGAAGUUUUUUGUGAUAGGGAACUGGAAGAUGAAUGUGAAUAAGACUCAUAUUGAUAACAUAGUUAAGUUCUUGACGGCCGCCUCGCUUAAUUUUAACACUGAGGCAGUAGUUGGAUGUCCUUCCUGCUAUUUGUCCUACGCCCGCCACCACCUCCCAUCUGAGAUUGGGGUGGCCGCACAAAACUGCUACAAGGUUCCAAGUGGUAACUUCAGUGGGGAGAUCUCGCCAGCCAUGAUCCAGGACUGUGGGUGUGAGUGGGUCAUCCUGGGUCACCCUGAGCGUAGGGCAAUAUUUAAUGAGCCAGACGAGCUCAUCAGCGAGAAGGUCGCACACGCCCAGCAGGCAGGCAUGAAGGUGGUGGCGUGCGUAUGCGAGAGGAAGGAGGACCGAGACAGUAACCGCACAGAAGAGGUGUUGUUCAGGCAGAUGGAGUCCCUGGCGGCCAGCAUCAGUGACUGGUCCCGCGUGGUGGUGGCCUUCGAGGCUCUGUGGGCCAGUGGCACGGGCAUACUGGCCACUCCAGCUCAAGUUCAGGAGGUGCUGGCCAAGCUGCGUUACUGGCUGCGACACAACGUCUCUCAGGAGGUGGCUAACUCUACUCGUAUCAUCUACGCUGGUUCAGUUUCCUCAGCCACCUGUCUGGAGCUCGCCAAGUUGAAGGACCUUGACGGAUUCCUGGUGAGCAGUGCAGCUCUCAAUCCCGACUUUGUUGACAUUAUUAACUCCUCGAGAAUGUCGAGUUCUUGGCUGUGGGAGAAACACCAGCACUUGCAACACACCACCGCACUCAUUUCUAACCUCAGACUAAGACACGUAAACAAAAUAUCUAACUUGGAUUCAUACUCUCCCAGUAGGACUAUCUAAAUGUAUUCAGAAUGAUGAUUACUUCACAUUGUAAAUCUUGGGGCGCUGGUGGUGCGGUACCACUCUUGCCUCGCAAGCAAGAUGUCACGGGUUCGAUUCCCGGGCCGGCGGAAGUUGUUUGGACACUCUUCCUAGUCCCUCUGGUCCCUGUUCACC